GAGAGUCAAAGGCCUGGUCCAUGGUCUGAGACAGACUGGCCACAGCAGAGAGGGCGGUAGAGGAGAGGAAUGUGUGGAGUGGGUCUAGGAAAAGGCAGAGAAAUGUUUGAAUUCAUAUUCAAAACUACACACCACACAUUCACCACAGCCUGCAGCUCACACAGUCGCUCUCUUUCCCUCUUUCCCUCUCUCUCUCUCUGCCUCUGUCCCUUUUUCUCUCCCCAUCCCCUGUCCUAGAAUCCAUAGAACCCGGCAGACAGGAUUUUACAACCCGUGGAGACGCACAAGGGAACCACACGCCCGGGGAGAACGUAGAACCGACAGAACCGAGGGAAGGAACCGAGAGGGAGCCGGAGCCUGGUGCUGAAGCUGAGAAGUUAAGGGAGAGGGCUGUUGAGGUGUCUGGGUGUGAUUGGGCACCCUCUAGUGAACAUUACUACUACUACUACUGCGACCACCAAGCUGAGGAAUCAGAUAUUUUCUGUCUUGGCUACUUUUCGCCCAUUGAGCAAUUCAAGAGGCCUCUGGUUCAGGGUUAAAUAGACGCCAUGUGGUGUUUGGAGCUGCUUCUGCCGCUGUUGCUAAUCAUCAAAGAUGUCAGUGGCCAGUGGAACGUAUGGAUACCCAGGGACAUCUCGGCCAUGACCAACUCCUGUGUGGUCAUCCCCUGCACAUUCAUGUACCCGUCUGGUAUCCGGCCAUACCGCGGCAUCCACGGCAUCUGGUACUUUGGCCAGCCCUACCCCCAGCUCUUCCCACCUGUGGUGUUCAAGACGCGCACAGAAAUCGUACAUGAAAGUUACCAAGGGCGUACCAAGCUCAUCGGGGACCUGCACCAGAGGAACUGCACUCUGCUCAUCAGUAAUAUCGGUACAGAGCACUCAGGGAGGUACUACUUCCGUGCCGACCUGGGCGGUGCCAACAUCUACACCUACCCAGACUUCUCUGAGCUCAAGGUGCUGGACCAGCCGAACAUUGACAUCCCUGAGGAGAUAGUCGCUGACGAGAAUCUGGAGUUGACGUGCUAUGCUCCAGACAACUGUCCAGAAAAUAGCCCAGAGAUCCAAUGGAUGUACACAGACUACCUGCCUGAACCCGAGUAUACCUCAGACUACGUGGAAGAGAGCAACACAGCCGUGCUGUCCAGCACGCUCACCUUCACCCCCAGGCCCAUGCACAACGGUCAGCUGCUGGGCUGCAGGGUCUACUACCCCAACACCACCCUGGCCUACGAGAGACUCAUCUCUCUGGAUGUCAAGUAUGCCCCUCGCUCGGUGUGGGUGAACGUGUCUGCGGAGGUGAUGGAGGGCAGCUCAGUAACGCUGCACUGCGAGGUGGACAGUAACCCUCCUCCCAGGAUCUCCUGGCUGUUUGGGGACCAGGAGCUGCUUUGGGACACGGCCUCCAACACCUCGCUCUCCCUGGAGGACUUAACCCCCUCUCAGGAGGGCAUCUACACCUGCGUGGGGAAUAACGGCUACGGCGUCAUGAACACGUCCAUGUACCUGGCCGUCUUGUACCCUCCCAGUGAGCCAGUGGUAAAUGGUUCCCUGACCAUUAUGGAAGGUUCUUCCAUCUCCCUGCAAUGUAGCACACAAGGCAAUCCCGCGCCCACCCUCACCUGGCUGAAGGACGGGGAGCUGGUGGGCACCAUCACGGCCGAGGAGGUGUCUGUGCUGGAGCUUCUGGAGCUCACCCCUCAGGGAGAGGGACAGUACCGCUGCCUGGCAGAGAACGAACACGGACGAGCCAGCAGCUCCCUCAACAUCACUGUGGAAUACGCCCCAGUCCUUCUGGACGAGUCCAAGUGCGCGGUGGUGAGGGAGGGAGUCCAGUGUGUUUGCAUGGCUACGGGUAACCCUGAGCCCACCAUCGAGUUCUACCUCCCCGACAAGAACAUCACCAUCAACGACACGUUCGGCCGCUACAACUACUACACGCGCACGGACGGCCACACGUCCACGGGCAUGAUCAAGCUACGGGAGAAGGGCGAGCGCCUGGGCAACGGCGCUGUCAAUGUGCACUGCAGCAUUAGCAACAUGUACGGGUCGGAGAGCUUUCAUUUGGAGUUACAGCAGGAGAAGAAGUACAUGAUGGCAGUGAUCGUUGGCACCAUCGGUGGAGUGGCUGUCAUCGCCUUCAUCAUCGCAGCAGUGAGAUAUGUGGGCCAUAACAACAAGAAAGAGAAUGGCAACCCUGGGCAGGACCUGGUCUCUAAACUGGAGAACCCAGCGUUGUACUACAGCACAGUCAAGAAGGACAAACAAUGUUUGAGGAAGAAAGUGGGAGAAGACGGGGAUUAUCAACCUGUGGGCUCUAUGGCAGACCUGGAGAGGCAAGAGCUGAACUACGCCGCCCUGGAGUUUCUGGGGGGGCGCUCCAGGGAUGGGGGGACCUCAGGGAGGGGGGAUGACGGCAGCGACUACACCGAGAUCAAGGCCAAAUGAAUCGCGAUCCUUCCCUGACCCAUCGUCACCGCGGGACACAGUGGCAGCCAUGUUGUCGCCCCCUUCCUCACGUCAUUCGCCCCCUCUUCAAACGUCUUCCCCCCUCCCCCGUGGACACCAUCACCACCCUUCACCAUCACAUCAAGAUCCCCCAUCGUCUCUCCCCGUCCCUGACUCAUCUCAAAUGACGUCCCCGUUAGUCGACCCUCAAGCCUCCAGGGGGAGCCCCAGUCACAUCUCGCCACCCAGGACUGCUGGUAGCUACUUGCAGGGUCGGAACACAGCCAAGUGGACAAUGUAAAAAGAUCUUUGUAUUAUCAGCAGCUGUCGGUCUCCCAGCUCUUACCCUACUGGUCAUAGUCACAAAAUUCCCUCACAACAGGUGCAAUGUGUUUGUUACUGUACUGUAUCAUCUAGAUUCAAUGUUGCUAUUUCCAUCUCUAUACCAUUAAUUGUUUGCAUUGCUAUCAAGCUUGGGACACAGUAACACAUUUUCUGGGGCUCCCCUUCUGUAUGUCACCCUAUAUCAUACUUAUAGCUAGCCUGGUUAAACCAGAUUGAACGCUGCGCUCACCAGUUUUCCUGUGAAAGGCAACGCAAUCAGCUUGGAUACCAGGCGAACUAUCUAGAUCUGUCCAUUAUAGUCCUUCUCCACUGUGUCCGCUGCCAGUCGAAGUGUCUGGGAAAGGGGUGUAUUUUGUGCUUUUUAUUUUCUUAUCUCUAUUUCUGACCCUGGAUCUGGAGGAAAUGAGGGAUCUCUUCCUGAUCCAGCGGUUGUCAACACUGACCAGUGUUCAACAAACGCCAGGCCUGAUACAUAUCCAAUUGAAGCCAGUCAUCUUCAUCUCACAUAUUCUGUUCCCACAUAGAGUUCAAUAGUGAUGUGUGCUGUGACUCUGUGGCUUUUGAUGAUGAUGAGAAAUGAAUAUUUAUUUGAUUUUAUAUAAAGAGAGAAGAUGUAUACUCUUAGAGGUUUAUCCAGCCUUGAACACAAGGUUCUGUUUGUGCAAGAAGUGGGCUGAUUUUUUAGUUCUUAUGCAUUAUAAGCACUGGUUGAGUUGUGGUUUGCUCUUCGGGAACUGUGCUGGGCUAACACAGAAUGUUCUGUUUAUGUCGUUGGCCAUGAUUUAAUUAUAGUAUUUUUGGACGAUUUCUCUGUUUUGCUAAGUGUAAGUGUUAACUUAUACUUAAAUGGGAACCAAUGGGGUAGAAUACAUUUUUGGAUCAAUCUGGCAUACAUGACUCCACUGUAGCACUUGCACAGCAGGCCAAAAUGUAUCUCGUUGAGACAAUGUGUGUGUGUGUGUGCAAACAGUGCUGAAAGAUCAGCGAACACUGAUCACUGUGGCUGUUUCAAAGGAUCACUUUACCUGAGACCGCCUCUCCCAACAUGUCUUCUUCAAUGGUUGUGAAUUGUGAAAUCGAAGCCUAAUCCUAUAGGGUUGUAUCAGAUGAGGCGUUUGAGUGGCACAACAUUGAAGCUGAUAUACCAGUUAGUUGUGCUAUUCAAAUAUACGUGAUCAACUCAUGUAUUGUAAUCUCCAAGCUCACUAAUGACAUCACUAGAUAACAAUGACUGUUAAUACAAUAUUAAUAAGCUGCAUAUAGAUGGGUAAAAGGAUACCAGUAUACAUUAUGUAAAUAAAUUCCCUGCAUGACUAUUAUGCUGUCAGCCAUAUGUGUAAAUAUACUACGGUAUGUACAUGCUCAGUAUUACAACAGUGAUUUACACAGGCAAGUCGGAUACAGGUUUGGUAACACUUUAACUGACUUCUCUGUCAUAAGGGUGACGUAACGCGGUCAUAAAAUAACACAUGUCAUUUUCGGUCAUGAAAACUGAUGUGAAAAUACUGACAACCCUUUACACUGUCACGACACAAAUGGUUAUUUAUGUAAAUUAGUUGGCUAGCUGUAUUCUAAGCCAAUAAACUGACUGAAGCAAAGAUUUGUGCCAUGACAGUGUCAAGACAGCUGUCAAGCUUAUGUCAGCUGUCAUGACUGUUAAUAACAUAUUUUAUGUAAUUGUUCUGACAUGGUUUAGUCACUAGACCUAAUGUCAGAGCGUUCAAGAUGUGUUACCCAACAUUGAGACAUGCCAAUAUGGACAUCCGUUUAGUAACACUUACUGUCGUCAGUUCUCUUGAACGCCUCAUGGGGGGUUUAUUUCUUUCUAAACCUGGAAACAAAAUGGAGAAGCGCUGUUCAUGUCUUAUCUAAUUUGUUUGUCACAUAGUGUGUUGGAAAGCAGAUUUGUACUUUCUUUAUUUUGUGGUAUUCAUUAUUGUCCUUGUGAUGAUUUUUUUUAUAUCUUUGACACAAUAAUUCCGAUCAGAAUUCUGCAAUCUUUCUGCAAAUUAGCACUGUUAUUACUUAAUGACAAUAUGAGCUCUAUGAUGAUGUUUGAUCAUUCUCUUUAUUUUACAAGUCUGUCCCGCCUCAAGCAAAGCCAUCUUUCUUUGGUUCCAAACAACAAAUAAAUAAAGUAAACAACAGAGAAUGUGA